GUUAGAGAGAUAGAGAGGGAGGGAGGGAGGAAGGGAGUGCCGAGCGAGAAGCGAAGAGAGAGAGAGAGAGUGAGCGAGUGAGUGAGUAAGUGAGAGAAGAGAAGCAGGAACGUAGGAAUUUCCAUCUUUCGCCCCAAAUUAUCCGUACAUUUACUGUUUUGCCAUCCAUUCUUGGAAAUUUCCUUUCUUUAAACUCCUUAUUCCCGAAUCGAGGUGGGAUUUAUUUUUGUUCCUUUAAUGAGUCGUUUAGGGUUUAAAUCGGUGGUCUAUCACGGAGACGUUUGUUUGGGAGAACUGGACACUAUCCCUGUCUCGGACACGAAUUUCCAAUUCCCAAACAACGAAAUUCGAAUCCACCACAUCUCCCCUCCCAGCGAACGAUGCAUUCCUCUUUCCGUUCUCCACACCGUUUCCUCAUCCCCCGUUCGUUGCAAGCUGGAAUCCUCUUCCCCUGUCGAACAACCGCAUUUGAUUCACCUCCACGCCUCUUGGUUUUACGAAUUCAAGACGGCGGUGGUUUUGGUUGGAGAUGAGGAGGUUCACUUAGUGCCAAUGCCGAGUAAACAAAAGAAGUUUCCGUGCUUCUGGUGCUUUUCGGUUCCUACAGGACUGUACAAUUCCUGCUUAGGAAUGCUUAAUUUAAGGUGCCUCGCGAUAGUUUUUGAUCUUGACGAAACGCUGAUUGUCGCGAACACAAUGAAGUCGUUUGAGGAUAGAAUCGAAGCUCUAAGGGGUUGGCUUGCGCGGGAGAAUGAUCUGAUUCGGGGUUCGGGGAUGUCGGCUGAAUUAAGAAGGUAUACAGAUGACCGGAUGCUGUUGAAGCAGUACACGGAGAGUGAUUACGUCGUGGAUAAUGGAAAAAUGUUUAAGGCUCAAAUGGAAGAGGUUCCUCCUUUGUCUGAUGGCCAUGAGAAAGUUGUUCGGCCUGUGAUUAGGUUGCAGGAGAGGAAUAUUGUUCUUACUCGUAUCAAUCCUGAGAUUCGUGAUACCAGUGUGCUUGUGAGGUUACGUCCUGCAUGGGAGGAAUUGCGAAGUUAUUUGACUGCAAAAGGACGAAAACGCUUUGAAGUUUAUGUUUGUACUAUGGCUGAAAGAGAUUAUGCCUUAGAGAUGUGGAGGCUUCUUGAUCCAGAGGCACACCUGAUAGGCUCAAAGCAACUCCUGGACCGUGUUGUUUGUGUUAAAUCUGGUUCUAGGAAAUCUUUGCUAAAUGUGUUCCGAGAUGGCAAGUGCCAUCCUCAGAUGGCAAUGGUAAUUGAUGACCGUUCAAAGGUCUGGGAGGAUAAGGAUCAACCUCGAGUUCACGUAGUUCCUCCAUUUGCUCCAUAUUAUGCUCCUCAGGCAGAGACAGCAAAUGCAGUUCCUGUUCUCUGUGUAGCAAGAAAUGUUGCAUGCAAUGUCAGGGGUUUGUUUUUCAAAGAGUUUGAUGAGAAUGUAAUAAGGAAAAUAUCUGAAGUUUUUUACGAAGAUGACGUGGUAAAUCUGCCUCUUGCUCCUGAUGUGAGCAACUACUUGAUGUUAGAGGAUGCUGGUUUUGCUCCAAAUGGGAAUAGUGGUGCGCCUAUUAGUGAAGGAAUGAAUGGAGUUGAAGUUGAGCGGAGAUUGAAUCAAUUGUUCCUUCAGGAGGAGAAGCAUGUUUCGGACUCUUCCACUCAUCCUGUAAUGAAUAACCCUGAGUUGAGGUCUGAAACCUCUCAGCUACCUGCUACAAUUGCCCCCAAUGUUGUUGGUCCUGCAUCUUUGACAGCACCAUUGCCUUCUCAGAAACCUAGUUUGCUUGGAGCUCCUGGUCUGCUUUCAGCUCCCACCUUGCUUGGAGCUUCUAUAAGAAGAGAUAGCAACAUUAUUGAUAGUGAUUAUGACAUGAAGAGAAGAGCCCUUGGCACAAAACAGAGUUUAGACUUAAGGAACCAGAGCUCAGUCCAACCUCCACUCCUAUCUAAAGUACCUGCACAGAUAUCUUCAUCGUCAAUACUGCCUCAGGGAGGUUGGUUGGUGGAAGAAGACAACAAUAAAGCACAUCUAAAUGAUCGAUCAUCAGGCUCUGCUCAAGAAUCUGAUGCAACAAAGUCUGAUAAACUGCGAAAUCAGAAUCCAUUUUCUCAUAGUGCGCCAGGUUCUGUUUCCACUGGCUUACCAUCGCAUGCAUCCCAAGUGAAAGUUGAAGAGGCACGUGCUGGACUUGAUACUCAAAAACAGAAUGUUCCGCCUGCAGUUCAUUCAUUAGAGAUUGGCGGAAGUCAGAAUCAUGUGUCUUCUACUGAAGGUGGAAAAUUGAAUCUUCUACCUUCCCAUUUAUCAAUCGGUGUUCUACAAGAAAUUGGACGAAGAUGUGGUUCGAAGAAAAAAAUUUGUCCUCUAAAGUUUGAGUUCAGGUCUGUGGUAAGCACCAGUAAGGAUUUGCAAUUUUCUGUUGAGGUUUUAUUCACUGGUGAGAAGAUUGGUGUUGGAAUGGGCAAGACAAGGAAGGAUGCUCAGCAACAAGCUGCUGAGCUUGCUCUUCAUAACCUGGCAGAAAAAUAUGUAGCAUAUAUAGCACCUCAUUCAGGAGCCGUGGAUAGAGAUUUCAAUAAACUUUCUCUUGGAACUGAAAAUGGAUUUCUGUGGGACAUGAAUCCUGCAUCAAGUGAAGCACUAAGAGAAGAUGGGUUGCCUAAAGAUAGUACAUCUGAGGAUGCUGAAGUUGAACCCGGGAGUAAUUCAUCGAGUCUUGUAAAUCAAUCAGUGCAAAAGCGCGCCAAUUCACCAAGAUCGCCCGAAUCCACACCAAGCAAACGAUCAAAGGAAGAAGUUCUGCGUCGAUUAUGAAGUCUAUCAUCCUCACGGCAACCGAAAAACGAGCAUCCGAUUUCAUGAAAAGCCAUGAGAAAUCGAAAGUAAUGAUUUUGGACAGAAGGUUUUGGGACUACACAUAAUUUUAUUAGCAUAGCAGAUGUUCAGAUUCCAAUCUUCUUUUCCAGGGUUGGAGUUAACUAGUGCUGGGGUGAAUAGUUUCUCUUCCUCUCCUUUUAACUUCUCUUCUGGAUAUAUGGGCAAUUUAUUUUUUUGUCAUUUUGCCCUGUUAUUUAAUGCUUUGUAAUCGGUCAUCUUAGCUUAUAAAAUAUCAUUAUAUAAA